GCAACACCAUAUCGAAACGACGUCGUAGCCGAAUAUUUUAUUAGAAUUUUUCAUUACAAGUCUAAAUAUUCUAAAUAGUCAGCGCGAUGUCCGUUAGCCGUCUUGUAGCUGUAACAGGGUGUGAUAGUGGACUUGGUUGGGCAGUAGCAGCUCGAUUAGCUCGAGAAGGCUUCAUCACAAUAGCUGGUAUGCACAAAGGAAUAGAAACCGAAGCAGCGAAAGCCCUCGAAAAAUUGUGUGCGCACACAUUCCCUUUAGACGUAACUAGAGUUGAAAGCGUUCAAGAAUUCCGAAAGUAUGUGCUUACAGUCUUGAAAGAUAAUCCUAAAUACAAAUUUCAUGCCGUGGUCAACAACGCUGGAGUUAUGACAGUAGGAAAGUACGAAUGGAUGACAGCAUCGAUGAUAGAAAGCCCGGUCCAUGUGAAUUUGCUCGGCGCGAUGAGAGUCAUUUCCGCAUUUUUACCAGAAAUCAGAAAAACUGCAAUCGAAACUACAAGCAAACCUAAGCCCCGUAUAAUCAACGUUGGUAGCCAUUGUGGCCUGCAGCCUUUGCCCGCCUUCGCUGCAUACAGUGCAAGCAAAGCUGGCCUUUUGGCGUUGACACGAUGUCUACAUCUUGAGCACAGCGAGCACGGAUUAGCUGUCAUUGCCUUUGUACCAGGUGGCUUCGUUGGCUCUAGUAACAUUCUGCUCGGGCAAGAAACAAAAGGAGAAGCAAUGGUUGAACAUUUAAACGAUGAACAACGAAAGUUUUACGGAAAUAAAAUUGAAUCUCUAAACAAUUAUUUGGAGCUGGCAUCUGGCGAGGGGAAAUUUGAUUCAAUGCAUGAUAUGAAAAUAUUGAACACUUUUAUGAAGGCUAUGUUGGAUGAAACUCCGAAAUUAAUGUAUAAAGUGGAGUCCUGGAGAUAUAUGUUUUAUUAUAAUUUAAUGAGAUUGCCUUUGCCAUUAUUCAUUCAUAAAUGGAUUAUUAAACAGUUUCUAAGCUUCCCUGAUCAUCAAUGA